AUGGCUUCCACCACGUACGCUGCAGAGACCCCGUUCACCAUCGCCGUCCCAGAGGCCGAUAUCGAGCUCCUCCACAAGAAGCUCGACCUGGCCCGCUUCCCCGACGAACUCGAAGGCGCAGAAUGGGCUUACGGCGCUCCGCUCGCAGACAUCAAGCGCCUCGCCGCUCACUGGAGGAACGGCUUCGACUGGAGGAAGGCUGAAGCCGCCAUCAACACGAUCCCCAUGUUCACGCGAGACAUAGAGGUCGAAGGCUUCGGCACACUCAACCUUCACUAUAUUCACAGGAAGAGCGAUGUCAAGAACGCGAUCCCUCUGCUCUUCGUGCACGGAUGGCCGGGGCACUUCCUCGAGGUCGAGAAGAUGCUGCCCAUACUCACCGGUAGCUCCCCGGACCUGCCAAGUUUCCACGUUGUCGCGCCCAGCCUGCCUGGGUUCGGCUUCUCGAAGGCCGUGAAGAAGCCCGGGUUCAAGUCAUCGCAGUAUGGGGAGCUCUUCAACAAGCUCAUGCUUUCUCUCGGGUACAACGAGUAUGUUUACCAGGGUGGAGAUUGGGGAGGAAUCCUCGGGGCCUUCCUCGUACCCACACUCGAACACAAACAUAUCAAGGCCUGGCACACAAACAUCCCUCUCACAACUCCUCCCACCCUUAUCAGGAACCCGCUCCUCUACUUGGAGAUGCUCCUCUCGCCCAUCAACAAGACUAUGCGCGAAGAGCUCCAGGCCACCCAGCACUGGUUCAACGCAGAGCAAGGAUACUCUAUACUGCAACAAACAAAGCCUCAGACGAUAGGGUACAGUCUUGCAGACUCCCCCGUGGGACUCCUCGCAUGGAUCUAUGAGAAGCUCGUCGCAUGGACUGACAAUUAUCCAUGGACUGACGACGAAGUCCUCAAGUGGAUCUCCAUCUACUACUUCUCGCGCGCUGGGCCCGCUGCCUCUGUGCGCAUAUACUACGAGAUGUCGAACGGAGGGACGAAGAACAUCCUCGCCGGCGCUCCGAAAGCGACCAUCCCGACGGGCGUGUCUUACUUCCCUCGCGAGGUCGCGAAGCUGCCUCGAUCGUGGGCAGCCAUGUUCGGGAAGCUGGUGUACGUGAAGGAACACGACAAGGGCGGACACUUCGCCGCUUUCGAGAACCCGGAGGGCCUGGCGAGCGACAUGUUCGCGAUGUACGGGAAGGGCGGAGGGGCGUUCGGGGUUGUCCCGGGCAAGAAUGGGUACGACUAG